AUGGGUAAAUUAGAUACUAUAGAUAUAGUGGAACCUGAAUUUAAUUCUUCAGAAAAUGAAGAACCAUAUAUUAAACCACAAGAUAAAGGUUAUAAAGAUAUUGGUUAUAUUAGUGCAAUUGGGUUAGUAUGUAAUCGUAUGAUUGGUACUGGUAUUUUUGCAACACCUGCUACUAUAUAUGCUCUUUGUGGUAAUUCAGUUGGUCUUAGUUUAAUUAUGUGGGUUGUUGGUGCAAUAAUUGCAGCUUCUGGUUUGUAUGUUUAUAUGGAAUUUGGUUCAGCAAUUCCAAGAAAUGGUGGUGAAAAAAAUUAUCUUGAAUAUGUUUAUUCCAAACCAAGAUUUCUUGUUACUUCAAUGUAUGCAGCAUAUGCCUUUUUAUUAGGUUGGGCAGCUGGUAAUUCAAUUAUUUUUGGUCAAUAUAUCCUUACAGCAGCUGGUAAAGAAUCAACAAGAUGGAGUGAACGUGGUAUUGGUGUUGCUGCAAUAACAUUUGCAUUUAUUGUACAUUCAUUACAUAUUAAAACAGGUGCAUAUAUUCAAAAUGUUUUAGGUUUAUUUAAAAUUGGAGUUAUUUUAUUUAUUACCGUUACAGGUUGGGUUGCAUUAGGUGGAUGGAAAAAAACUGAUAAUUUCCAUAAUUCAUUUGAAGGUACAAGUUCUGCAAGUGCUUAUGGUGUUGUUAAUGCUUUAUAUAACGUUAUUUGGUCAUUUGUUGGUUAUUCAAAUGUUAAUUAUGCCUUGGGUGAAGUUAGAAAUCCUGUUAAAACUUUAAAAUUUGCAUCACCAAUUGCUUUGGUGCUUGUUGCAGUUAUUUAUUUAUUUUGUAAUAUAGCAUAUUUUGCAAUUGUUCCAAAGGAAGUUUUACAAAAUUCAAGUACAAUUCUUGCAGCUGAUUUUUUUGAAAUUGCAUUUGGUCCAAAAGCUAAAAAGGCUUCAUCAGUUUUCGUUGCAUUAAGUGCAUUGGGUAAUGUUAUGUCUGUUAUUUUUUCCCAGGGAAGAAUUAUUACUGCAUUAGGUCGUGAAGGUGUGUUACCAUUUCCAAAAUUUUUUGCAACAUCAAGACCUUUCAAUUCACCAGCUAUUGGUCUUUUACAACAUUGGAUUGUUUGUGUUAUUACAAUUUUAGCACCACCACCUGGAGAUGCAUAUAAUUUUAUUUUAAAUUUAAUUUCUUAUCCAUUAAAUGUUGUUAAUUUCCUUGUUGGUUUAGGGUUAUUAUGGAUUAAUUAUAAAAAAUAUAAAGGUGAAAUUCAAUGGAAUCCACCUUUAAAAGCAAGUAUACCAGUUACUAUUUUUUUCACAUUAAGUUCAUUAUAUUUAAUUGUUGCACCAUAUGUUCCACCAACUGGUGAUCAAUCAGUUUAUAAAGAUUUACCAUAUUAUGUUCAUUGUGUUACAACAUGGGGGAUAUUUUUCAUUGGCUUAGUUUAUUGGGUUAUUUGGUCCAAGAUUUUACCAAAUAUUUUCCAUUAUAAAUUACAUAUUGAAGAAAUUAAAGGUGAAGAUGGAUUUUGGAGAAAAGAAAUUAAAAAGAUAUCAAAUGAUGAAUAUGAUUCAUAUUUAAAAGAACAAGGUGAACAUGAAUUGAAUGAAAUUGAUAGUGAUAUUAAAGUUAAGGAAACGAAUAGCCUAUGA